UGGAGACUUUGAACUUAUUAGGAAGAGAGACUCGUUCUUUUCUUCGUCGGCUGCUACCAAGUCUGAAAAGAUGCAGGCAAGUGAUAGGUUUAACAUCAAUUCUCAGCUUGAGCAUCUUCAAGCUAAAUAUGUUGGAACUGGUCAUGCUGAUUUGAGCAGAUUUGAGUGGGCAGUAAACAUUCAGCGUGAUAGCUAUGCUUCAUACAUUGGUCACUACCCAAUGCUUGCUUACUUUGCUAUCGCUGAGAACGAGUCCAUUGGACGCGAACGCUACAACUUCAUGCAGAAAAUGCUGUUACCGUGCGGCCUUCCUCCAGAGAGAGAAGACGAUUAGGGGGAGGAUUUGAUUUUCUCAUGGAAAUGUUUAGUUUGGAUUCAGAGAGUGAUACAAUUGUCUGAUUUGGUGUUCUGUUAUAAAAAAACAGUUACGUUGCUUGUCUUACAUUCGUUUAUGCAGCGAUGAUAAAAGUUCACCCUCCAAAAUACUGUAAAUAGUUCACCACCGAUUUACAGGACGAAAGCACAGUGAAUGGGUUCUUAUGUCUGUCUGUGUUUGGCCCCCAACAUUUAUGGAACCAUCCAUGUGGAUUACAAAGAAGACAUCACACCGUUGUGGGAAUUAUUGCUUAAUCGACCUUAUCUUCAAACUAUGCAACAAUUGUUCUGCAUUUGGUAAUAUGAAAUUUGAAAUAUCUGCUGGAUAAUAUCACCUCUAGAUUCAGACUAAGAGAUUGGGCUGUGAAAUCUGUCUGAUACUCUGAUCUAGGACGAACUCAACUUAUAAGCCUAUGUCUUCUCUGACACAGAUAUUUGAUAUCAUUAACUUCUAAUUUUCACUUUUAUUUUGCUAAAAAGUUGCAUAGAACAGAUUGAAUCUCUUUGUGCCAGAUUUCUUUGGUCUGGAAGUAAUGAUAA